GACGUUGUCAACGUAUACGUGAAUUUUAACACGGAUCGAAUGCAUGCAUAACACAAACCUGGAGUCAACAUGGCGGAUGAGCUGACAGAAGAUCAAAUAGCCGAAAUAAAAGAAGCAUUCAGUUUGUUCGAUAAGGAUGGCGACGGAGCUAUCUCAACAAAGGAGGUUGGCAUGGUGAUGAGAUCGUUAGGUCAGAACCCUUCUGAACAGGAACUCCUGGACAGCAUAGAGGAACUAGAGGACGGAGAUAAAGCUGGUCUAGUAGAUUUCCCAGAGUUUUUGACAUUAAUGCUGAAAUCAAUGAAGGAAAAAGACACCGAGGAGGACCUUCGGGAGGCAUUCAGAGUUUUCGAUAAGGACGGCAACGGCUUCAUAGCAGCAGCAGAUCUCAAACAAGCGAUGAUUAAUCUUGGAGAGAAGCUGACUGAUGAAGAAGUAGAGGAAAUGAUCAAGGAGGCCGAUAAAACAGGAUCUGGUCAAAUUGCUUUCGAAGAGUUUAAAGAGGCUUUUGAUCUCUUUGACAAAGAUGGAGACGGGAAAGUGUCUGCAAAGGAGCUAGGAACAGUAAUGAAAUCCCUUGGACAAAACCCAACAGAAAAGGAACUUGUCGAUAUGAUAAAUGAAGUUGAUUCCGAUGGAAAUGGUACUAUCGAAUUCGAAGAAUUCCUGAACAUGAUGCGAGUAAAAAUGAACUGUGUGGACCAUCAGGAUGAGUUACACCAAUCAUUUAAGGUGUUCGACAAAGAUGGGGAUGGAAGCAUCACGAAGGAAGAACUGAGGUCAGUAAUGACCACUCUUGGUGAAAAUCUAACAGAUGCUGAGCUAGACUCCAUGAUGGCGGAAGCAGAUCUAGAUGGGGAUGGCAGAAUAGAUUUCAAUGAUAUGAGAGAAACGUUCGCCUUACUGGACACUGACGGGACAGGCUCUAUAUCCAUACAAAGAAUGGGGCUUGUGAUACGAGCCCUUGGACAUUAUCCAACAGAGGCUCAAAUCAAGGAUUUGCAGAAAGUAGCGAAGGAAUCGGAUACAAAUGGAAACGACCUAAUUGAGUUUCCAGAAUUUUUGUCCUUAUACACAUCAUUCAAGAAACUUAUUCCUGAAAAUCUAAACCAUUUCAAAGAAAUAAGGGCGGCAUUCCAAUUGUUCGACCAAGAUGGUGACGAGGUCAUAUCAGUAGAUCAAUUCCGACGAAUCCUGGCAAACUGUGGAGAAAAACUACAAAAACAUGAAGUCGACGAUAUUCUGAAGGAUGCAGAUGUUGACGGAGAUGGAUUUAUAAAUUAUGAAGAGUUUACCAAAACCCUCGCAAGCCAGUUAACAGAUAACCAACUAGCAGAGUUUAAAGACACGUUUAAGCUGUUUGAUAAAGACGGAGAUGGAACGAUAGACUCAAAGGAUAUAGCAAUCCUAAUCAGAUCUCUGGGUGCAGCUCCUACAGAGGCCCAGCUCAAGGAAAUGAUGAAGGACGUUGACCCCACAGGACAUGGCACAGUAGAUUUCCAGGAUUUUUUGGAAUGCAUGAUCCGGUUCCUCCCUGAUGGACAUGACGAGGAGGAGGAAAUUCUUAAUGCAUUCAAGACAUUUGAUAAAGAUAACAACGGUCUGAUCAGUGCAAAAGAAAUUCGUCAUGCUCUCACAAACUUGGAGGAGAAACUGACAGACGAGGAAGUAGAUGAAUUGAUUCGAGAGGCCGAUUCUGAUGGGGACGGCUACAUAAAAUACAGUGAGUUUGUGAAGAUCCUUGCGAACCAGUGAAGCACGAAAACGACUAUACACCAACAUCAUUAUAAAAAUAAUCUAUAUUAUUAAAUCCAUUGAUGCUCUUUCAAGUGUAAAUGCUGGCAACAGAUAACAACUUUUUUGGGACUAUUCCAUUGUGAUUUUCUUCAUAUUCGUUACAUUAAAUGUGAUUGUCGAUAUUUUAAACGACGAUAACUCAUCAGGUUUUAAUUUUCGUUUACUUCUCGUAGGAACAUAAUAUCACAGAUCUCCAAAUAAAUUAAGAGAUUAUAUUAUGUUUUGAAAGAUAACUCUUCAAUAAAACAUGUCAA